CUCUCUUCUCUCCUGCCAUAUUCGAAGUAGCUACCACCUCACCCCCAGCAAGAAGAAUGGCAAGCCUGGGAAUUAAUGAGUUUGCUGCUGAGUAUGUUCCAAGAGCUUCCUCUUUACUGGCCUGCCCAUGUCAGCCAACAAUCGUUCCUUCUUCCAGCACCUCCAUUUUGUCCUGACAGGAAUCCCUGGAUUAGAGAAAGAAUAUUAUUGGAUGGCAUUCCCACUGGGUUUCAUCUAUGUUAUUGCUGUCUUGGGCAAUGGCAUCAUCAUCUCUACCAUCAAAUCUGAAUCAUCCCUGCACAUUCCCAUGUACUACUUUCUGUGCAUGUUGGCACUGGCAGACCUGGGUUUGGCCCUCUGCACUUUGCCUUCCAUGCUAGGAAUCUUCUGGUUUGAUUAUAAAGUCAUUGCCUUUGAUGCUUGCCUGGUUCAGAUGUAUUUCAUUCAUACUCUCUCAGCCAUUGAGUCUGGUGUGCUGGUGGCCAUGGCCUUUGACCGAGUUGUAGCCAUACGGAACCCACUCAGAUAUGGCACCAUCCUUACUGGUGGUGUAGUCUGCAGAAUAGGGGCAGCUAUCCUCACACGGGCUAUCUGUGUGGUGUUUCCUGUGCCCUUUCUCAUUAAGCGGCUCCCCUUCUACCGUUCCAAUGUCCUAUCCCAUUCCUUUUGUCUCCACCAGGAUGUCAUGCGUCUUGCCUGUGCCAACACUCGUGUCAAUAGCCUUUAUGGACUUAUUGCUGUCAUUUUCACUAAAGGCUCAGAUUCACUCUCUAUCCUCCUUUCCUAUGCAUUUAUCCUGCACACAGUAUUGUCCAUUGCAUCUGGAGAGGGUCAGCUAAAAGCACUCAACACUUGUGUUUCCCAUAUCUGUGCUGUGCUCAUCUUCUAUGUGCCACUUAUUGGUGUUUCUGUUAUUCAUCGCUUUGGUAAGCAUCUAUCCCCUCUGACUCAUGCCCUCAUGGCCAAUGCCUACCUCCUUGUUCCCCCCGUACUAAACCCCAUAGUCUAUACUGUGAAGACCAAGGAGAUUCGAAGGAAGAUUAUCCAGAUGUUUACCCGGACAAAGAUCACUGUGCAGGUUUAG